AUUGCCAAGCCCAUUGCUCAGCUCCAUUCUGAAUAUCCUCGCUCAAAUAUUACACGGCGGGGAGAGGCUUAGCGGCAAGAGAUCAGCAGGCAAUUCGGUAUGACUGGCCGCCGCAGCAGCUUGGUUUAUGGGACUGCCAUUGCCAUAUGUGUGUCUAUUCUCUUGGGAUCCCUAGCAAUGACUGCACAAGCAGGCCGUUCCUCUCAUCAGCUGCUGAGCAAGGCGAGGUCGUCGUCCACAACAAGAGCGCUCUAUAUAGCCAGCAACACAUCGAGCGGCUACCACACCGAGGUGCAGUGCUUCGAUGAGGCCGCGGACGGCGGCGACGAGAGGAGGAAGACGGCGGAGCUGCUCACGCUGAUAUUCUGCACCGCGAAGUGCUACUGCCACAGCGACAACGCCGACGACAUCUGCUACUGCUGCCAGAAGCCGCCCACGCAGGUCUGCUACGAGACGAUCAAGGACUGCCAGGCCCACUGCCCCGUCUGCAACCCUAAGUGCCCGGCUGCUUCCGGAACGGCGGGUGGAUCGCAGCAGCUGCAUGCUGCAGCGAAGAACGCCACCUUAUAGAUUGUUAUAAGGGUUGCGAUUGUGGUAAUAAGAUAUGAUACAAAAUGUUGUAAUUGUUAGAGGAUGGGAUGGAGCCAAGUAAGACUUUGUUAACGUGAAUGAUGCAAUCCCAGCUCAUUCCUUUUUCAAAGGUUGCAGUAGUAGUUUUGUUCUACCUUUAUUCUUUCCAAGUAAAACCUUUCUAUCUCAUGUGGGAUUCAUUCAA